AAUAAACAAGUCACUCGGCCACCCGCAAACGACACCGAUCUUCUUCUCCGGCAAGGGUUUCGAACGAGUUUCGUCCUCGCUUCCUUCGCUUUCUUCUUCUUCUUCUUCUUCCUGCAAUCCGGCAGGCCUGCAAAUCGUAAAGCAAACGAGCGGGUUCGGUUCGGCGACUCCGUGUCAGACCCUCUUCCUCACGCUUCACCGUCACCCGAACCUGCCCCCUGCUCUCCCUCGGGGCGCGGGGCUCCGAAUUCACGCUCCUUCGCCCCGACUCCAUGGCUGCUUCUCACAGCCACCUCGACGAGGACGACGAUUUUGGAGGAGACUUAUCCGGGGCUCACAAUGCUAGGCGUUCAGGUAAUAAGAGGACUUUUGGAGACAUUGAGGACGAUGAAGACGACCUCUUUGGAUCCAAGAAGGGUAAUACAAAAGCCGAAGAAAAUGCCCCUGGUGCAGCUACAGGAAUGAUAUUGUCACUUCGUGAGAGUCUUCGGAACUGUAAUGAUACUCUAACGACAUGCCAAACAGAACUGGAAGCUGCAAAAUCUGAGAUUCAGAAGUGGCAUUCUUCAUUCCAAAAUGAGUCCUUCAUACUUUCUGGGACAUCUCCUGAACCCAAGGUGAUAAUCAGCUACCUUCAGACGCUUAGAUCUUCAGAAGAGGCAUUGAGAGAGCAGCUGGAAAAGGCAAAGAAAAAGGAAGCAGCUUUGAUAGUAACAUUCGCAAAACGGGAGCAGGAGAUAGCUGAGUUAAAGUCUGCUGUUCGAGACUUAAAAGCACAACUCAAGCCCCCAUCUAUGCAGGCAAGGCGGUUAUUGUUAGAUCCAGCAAUUCAUGAAGAGUUUACCCGUCUGAAGAACUUGGUAGAGGAGAAGGACAAGAGGGCGAAGGAGUUGCAGGAUAAUAUCGCAGCUGUUAGUUUCACUCCACAGAGCAAGAUGGGUAAGAUGCUCAUGGCUAAAUGCAGGACCCUUCAAGAGGAAAAUGAGGAGAUUGGGAAUCAAGCAGCUGAGGGAAAGAUGCAUGAUUUAGCAAUGAAACUGGCUUUACAAAAGUCGCAGAAUGCAGAGCUGCAGAGUCAAUUCAAAGGAUUAUAUAAACACAUGGAAGGACUCACAAAUGACGUUGAAAAGUCGAAUGAAAUGGCGCUUAUAUUGCAAGAGAAGCUGGAAGAGAAGGAUCAGGAGCUGAGAAGAUUAAAGAACGAGCGGCGGCAGAAAAAUGUGCCUGAUGCAAUGAGCGACAAAGCUCCUGUUAAAGAGGAGAAUCAAGGUGUUGGUGACUGACUGGGAAGCAAAGAAAUCGGACUCUCGUUUAUUCUGUUUCUUUGUCUAUCCCCAGUCGUCUUGUUUGUACAUUAUCAUCGUUAUAUUUUUCUCGCAAGAAUCUCGAGUGGAGCAUACACCUGUAAUGUAACCGUUACCUUCUUCAUGUUAUUCAUCCCUUGUGUAUGAAAAGUAGUCAGAAAUAAGAAACACCACGUCAAACGUAAUGAUUCUA